CCUCCACAGGGGGCGCCCGCAGCCUCGGCCCAGCCUGCUGCCCGGGGGGCGCUGAGCGGAGCCCGAGCCCCGCCGCCCUUAGGGAGCAGCCUGCCUGGGCCGGGUUUGUAGGGUUGGUGGGGUGAAUCCUUGUGUGGGGUUCACGUGCGCUAAAGCAGAGGUCUUUGUCGAAGAUGGGAGAGUUGGAGUUAAGACUCCAGUGCCAUGCUGAAUCGUUUUAUAAUGUGUAUAAAAUGCAGGCAUUAAUAAGGAGGUCACGGCCACGGUAAACCUAAAGGCUAAAGCCCAGCACAACGGGCCCUCUUCGGUGUUGGAGUAAUGCCAGACUUACCAAAAUACAAUGGAUAAGAACUUUCAAGAAGAACAGUGUACUGGCGUGAUCAAAUUCACACCACCACUGUACAAACAACGUUACCAGUUUGUUAAAGACUUAGUGGGAAAAUACAAACCUAAGAAGGUGGCAGAUCUAGGAUGCGCAGACUGUACACUUCUCUGGAUGCUGAAAUCCUACAAUUGCAUUGAAGUGUUAGCUGGGCUAGAUAUCUGUGCAAGUGUGAUGAAAGAGAAGAUGCAUAGGUUGUAUCCUCUUCCUGGUGAUUAUUUGCAGCCAGCUGAAAGAUCCCUAACAGUUACACUGCAUCACGGCUCAGUUGCUCAUGAAGAUCCCUGCAUGCUUGGUUUUGACUUGGUAACAUGCAUUGAAUUGAUAGAGCACCUGGAAGAAUCAGAGCUAGAGAAGUUUCCUGAAGUGGUGUUUGGUUUCAUGGCUCCAACCAUGGUGGUUAUCAGUACUCCAAAUUCCGAAUUUAACCCCUUGCUUCCAGGAGUGACAAUUUUCAGGCAUCAAGACCACAAAUUUGAAUGGGACCGAGCACAAUUUCAAAGUUGGGCUUUAGAUGCUGCUAAACGCUAUGAUUACUCAGUGGAAUUUACUGGUGUAGGGAACCCCCCAACAGGAAUGGAGGAUGUUGGGUUUUGUACCCAAAUAGCCGUGUUUGUUAAAAAAUAUCCUCAAACCAGUGAACCAGCACAGUCUAAGAAACCCACUGAAGCAGCGUACAAAACAGUCUUCAAAGCAGUGUAUCCAAGUCUUAAAGAUGAGAAGUACCUGCAGAAUGCAGUGGUCACUGAAGUUAUGUUCACAGCACAUGUCAUUAAGCGAAGUCUGCUGGACCAUUUAGUGUCAGAACAGGAGAACUAUAAUGAUGAUCCUACUGAGAGAAAAUUGCAACUCCAACGUUCAGUGAACUGUUUUUCAGAAGAUCUUGAAACACUGGCUGUUGAAAAAAACAUGAAGCCACUUACCAAUGGAAGUGUGGUUUAUAUACCUCUAAGAAAAAUAUUUUCUUUUCCCAAAGUGAAUCGACUUUGUGGCACCUUUGAGAAGUUACGCGAGCUUAUUACUGGGAAGGUCACACUGAGCAGUGAUGGUUCUGCUGUGGUGCUCAAUACUGAACAUGAAAACGAAGAGAAUUAGAUCACAGAUUUCUCAUUUAAAGUUAAAUUAAAGUAAUGAAAGCAUUGACUUUAAUAGCUGUAGAAUGGUAUGUUUUGUAUGCUAACUAUAACCACAAAAUCAUUCUUAAACUUCCCAGUUGUGUAUCCCUCAGCACCUCUCUCACUUACUGAUAGAUGAAUGGUUCUGACAAAGAUUCAUAAUCACACUUCAGAUUUUGAGGUGGAGUAUCAGGUGCUAAAAAAGAGUUAACUUCAUGAAGAAAAAUUAAUUGUGUGUUUGCCAUUACGAUGUUGAAGCUAUCAUGACUAGACUCUUCUUGGUAAUCUUUUGCUAGCUUCAAGGACAGUUGAUAACACAGAACUACGUUGUUAUGCUGAAUAAUAGUGUCAGACAUAGAUUUAGGGCAAGGUUGUUUUUUGUUUUGUUUUUAAUAGAAUAAAAUUUAUGAAUGCCUUUUUCAAGAUGAGCAUAUGCCCAGCCUUGGUAAAAACCAAAUGUUAUUCUAGGUAGAUGUCUGUGACAUUCCAGUUUAAAGGUCAGUAAAUUCAACAAUGGCAAAAAGUACAAGGAUGUUGAAUUUAAGGUGUCAAAAAAGGGAGAUUUAGCCCUGUUUCUUUAUCCAGUCUCUCGUUAACUGCUGGUUGGGAAAAUAAUAUGCAUCUAGCAACUUUCCAGAAGCUGAAUUUCAGUAAUUUGAAACUGCUAUCUUUGACUGUUCUGUUUUUGAAAAAAUAAAAACCCCAUCAUUGUGAAUGCCAACGUGGACCCAGUUAUGAAAAAAAUCUGCUUUUUCAUGCAUGUAGAGAUGGUUAAUUAAAAGGCUGCAUUUAUCUUUCACAAUAUCAUUGGCAGCUUGGAAUAAGCUAGUAUUAUUGGAACUGAUUGAUGUUUGUGAAACAGGAUUUUUACAGCUUUCUGAAAAUAAAAAAAAAAAUAAAAUGUGUAAGCCAUGACUGUUUCUUAGAGAGGAUGGUUGCAUUCUACCUUACAAUUUUUUUUGAGUUUGUUAAGAGUUGGUCCAGGUGAGAGACUAGGCAUAAAAGGAAAAGGCAGCCAUAAUUCUCAGAAUUGAGAAGUGGUAUGUAGUCUAUAGCAGGCUGUGUUUCAAGGAAAAAAGAAUUACUUACAGGGUUCUGUCUGAAUAAUUAAAAAAAAAAAAAAAAAGCUUGCUUAAACUUUCCCUUGUGGGAGAUUGUUCUCCCACAAAAGAUAGACAUGGAUUAUUAAAAGUAAUA